AUGCCGUGGUCGCCGACACGAUUCUUCUCGCAUCCUCUGGCCAACGUGCAGAACACAACGACAGAUCCAAAGCUCGCCAAUUACUUAUCAUUCAGCUUGGUCAACGCUUUGACGUGGCAAGGGCUAGGCGAUAUCAUCAACGGCUUCCGACAGCAAACCUUGGGCCUCGAGCCUGUGCCCUUGACGGAGGCACCCUUUCUCCUCGAGACGCUGAAGAUCCCGUACACAUAUUGCUGGUCGCCUGGUCUCGUACCGAAGCCCAAAGACUGGCAAGACCACAUCGAUGUCACUGGGUUCAUCUUCCGCGGACUACCAGAGUACGCCCCGUCAGAUGAUCUCGCCUCCUUCCUCAGCAAUGGUCCUGCGCCAUUUUAUGUUGGCUUUGGAAGCAUAGUGGUCGAGAAGCCCGAGGUCUUGCUCCAGACGAUACUGGAUGCUGUCAAGAUAGCUGGUGUUCGAUGCAUCAUCAGCAAAGGUUGGAGCUCGUUAGCGAGCGACGAACUUCCUGACAGCGUUUUCUCAAUAGGCGAAUGCCCACACGAGUGGCUUUUUACACAAUGUUGUGGGCUUGUCCACCACGGAGGUGCUGGAACUACGGCCGCAGGUUUGCUCGCCGGCAAGCCGACAGUGAUCGUCCCAUUUUUCGGCGAUCAACCUUUCUGGGGUGACAUGGUGGCCUCUGCCGGAGCCGGACCAUCCCCAAUACCUCACAGCUCUCUGAAUGCUGAGAGACUUGCCGAAGCGAUGCGAUUCUGCCAGUCUCCCGAGGCGACUGCAGCGGCAGCGAAGGUCUCUGAGACGAUGAAAGCCGAGAACGGCGUACAAACAGCUGUAAAUAGCUUUCACCGUCACUUGGACCCAGACAGGCUCAAAUGCGAUCUCCUACCGAACCUGCCAGCCUUGUUCAAAGUCCGGAAGCCGAAGCAGGGCUCGAUUUGGAAAGGAAAGAGUGCGUCAAAACCAGCCAAGAUCUCUGGUCUCGCGGCAGAGAUCCUCCUCAAGGCUGAGAAGAUCCAGCAGAAGGACCUAACGACAUACAAAGCGAAAUCCAUCACGAUAGAAAACAGAAGAUACGACCCCUUGUCAGCACCUACUUCAGCAUUGCUCGGCUUCGGUGUUGACUUUGUGACCAACACUAACGAGCUGUGGUACGCCCCAUACAAAAUGCACCAGCGCCAGAAGACGACGAGUUCGGCAGCAUCAGUCAGAUCGUUACAGACCGCCACAGCGAGCACCACCGUCGAGGACCGAGACCACGACACACUCUCAACGUACUCUGACCCAGAAGAAGGGUCUUCGAAGCGUUCCACAAGCAAGUUCAGCCGCAACACUCGCUCGACCGCAAAGUACGCUGGAUCAUCGGCUACUGCAAUGGGACGCUUGCUCGGCGUGGCUACCAAGGGCACGCUUGUCGACGUUCCACAAUCGCUUACGGAGGGCCUGCGUGCAACACCGCGACUCUACGGCGAGAAAGUCAAGGAUCACCAACCGAUCACUGACUGGAAGUCGGGGUUCAAAGUAGCGGGCAAAGACUUUGCUGUGGGAAUGUCCACUGGAGUGGUCGACAUCUUUGUCCAGCCUGUGAAGGGUGCCCGAGAGAAUGGAGCAAAGGGCUUUGCUGCUGGGGUUGCUAAAGGUUCUAUGGGGAUGUGGACAAAGACGGGCUAUGGAAUGCUUGGGCUUUGGUCCCACUCCGCGACCGGCGUGUGGAAGAGUAUACACGCUGCUUCACAUUCGAGCGCAAGGAAUGACAUUUUGAGUAGGAAAAGGGUCCAUGAUAUCUACUUCUCGCAGGAGGAGGGCGAGAGAGUGGACGAGGAGGCCGUCAUAAGGGCGUUCGACGCUCUGUGA